AUGAAACCGACUUCAUCUACAAAGACUAACAGAAGGAAAAUCGCCGACCAGAUCAUCAGCGACUACAAAAUUACCGUCCCCUCCAACCCCGCAGAAGCAGGCCCCGACACGCCCAGCACAACACCAACCCUCAGCGCAAUCCGUAAUGCCCUCCUCCCCGACAAUGCACAAACGGCCCGCUUCACCACGACUGCCGGCCCGGAGCUGAAACAAGUACAGGGAAUUGUGUACGUUGGCGCGCAUCCAGACGAGGAGGAGCGGGUGCUCUGGUUCAAAGUGGAACAAGGCCCCGGGUCAGACAAGCGCAUCUACCCAACGGUGUAUACGCUAUGGCGCAAUGCCGACUUAGUCCCCCUGGUGCACACCCCGGAGAUGGUCAUGCGGAAGCUGCAGGGUGGAGCGGACCUUAUGACGCCGGGUCUAGCUAAUGAGCCUCCGUUCCCCGAGCGUGCGGUCAAGGGGGCCGUGGCAGCGGUUGCGAGCUUGGACAGGCAUACUGUACCGCUUUUUGUAGGGGUAUGUGAGAUUGAUGUCUCUGCUCUUGGUGAGGUCCAGGGGUCUAAAGGCCACGCCAUCCGUGGGCUCCAUUGGGCGGGUGAUGAGUUGUGGGCUUGGAGCUCAUCACCCCGGCCGGGACGUCCUGCGCCAGAGUACUUGAAGGGCUGGGAUGAGGAUGCGUCUGAAAGCGAGGUCGAUGAUGCUUUUGUCAACGCUUUCGUCUAUGCUCUUUACAAGCUCAAGCAGGACAACCCUACAGCAGUUAACCACGCACUUACAUUACCCGUGUCGCCUUCGAUAUUGAUAUCCAACCUCAUUACCCCCUACCUUCCGAUCUAUUCCGCCAAACAGGCGCCAUUUUACAACAUCAAGAGAACUAGUUGGAAGAAUGUGAAGAAAUUCAUCAAGCAUUUGGAUAAGUUGCAGCUUGUCAAAUCUAAGGACCGAAGUGGCCAAGAGACCUAUAUUUGGGACGUUGAUUUCAAUGACCAUCGAGUUGAGAGAUUCGUUCCUUACAAACUUCCGUCACGGAAUGUCCAAGAGAGCGCUGGCAAAUCAUCCGCUGCUUCGAGCAGUAACAAACCCGCAGCAGCAGGCGAGGAUCCGUCAGUCGGACAAGUCAUUACGGUGCAAACUCUUUACCGACCGACGUCGAAGCUCAUGCCGGACAUCUUCCCAACGCUUUCUAUUAGCGAUGCCCAAAAUUAUUACAAAUACACCGAUGCAUCGAACCUCUUGGACCAAUAUCUCCAAUCACAAGAUCCGCCUUUGGUGUCCCGCGAGAACCGCCGGAUCAUCAACCUAAAUCCAUACCUCGCAAACAAAGUCUUCACGUCAUCUUCACCUGAUGACCAAGGAGCAUUGAAGCGUGGCAUGGUCAACCGCGACGAGCUUCUGAAUCGGAUCAUUGGAGACAGCUCCUUGGUGCAACCCCACUACGUCAUCCUGAAACAGGGCCAGACCAUUGCAGAUGUGAAGCCGAAGGCCGGGGCUCCACCCAAGGUGCUUGUCACGAUCGAAAAGCGUAAUGCUAAUAAGGCAUUCACUCGGGUCUCUAAUCUGGAGGUCUUUGGUAUCAUUCCCUCUUUAUUGGCCGAGGAGCUUCAGAAGAAGUGUGCGAGCAGCACAAGUGUCUCGCAGGCUACCGGGGCACCAAAAGGUGUGAUGGAAGUCUACGUGCAAGGAGAUCAGCGCAAGAUUUUGAACACAGCGCUUUCGCGCCGGGGCCUGCGCAGCCAGUGGAUUGACAUCAAGGAUAAAGCCAAGUCGAAAGGGAAAUGA